AAAAAAAAAAAAACUUUCCGUUUCAAAACAAAAAAUUAUUGGACUGAUUCAUGUAUUUCAAAUUAUAUUCAUUUUAUAUUCAAAAGGAAAAAAAUAUGAAGAAACGUGUUUUACUAUAUGUAGAUGUACUAUAAAUAUAGUUCCCAACUUCACUCCUGUUCAUCCAUUCUAAACAAACCCUUCUCUUCUCUUUCAUUCUUUUCCCAACUUUCUUUUCUUUUUCUCUGUACUCUUCUUUAAUUGUAAACUCCAAAGAGGGAGGAGGGAGUGAAAGGACAAAAGAAUCCCACGAUCAUUUCCACCAUGAAGGCCGCCGUGGUGGUACUAUUUGGUAUUUUCUUGGCCUCUGUGAUGGCUGAUCCUGAGUUGCUUCAAGAUGUCUGUGUUGCUGAUCUUUCCUCUGCAGUGAAAGUUAAUGGCUUCGUCUGCAGAGAAAAUAUCACAGCAGAUGACUUCUUCUUCACCGGGCUAGCCAAACCUGGGCUAACCAACAACACCAUGGGCUCUCUGGUCACUGCAGCCAGUGUUCAGAAAAUUCCAGGCCUUAACACCCUUGGAAUCUCCAUGUCUCGCAUUGACUACGCCCCAGGUGGUCUUAAUCCUCCCCACACCCACCCACGAGCCUCCGAGAUAGUCUUUGUCAUCAAAGGCCACCUGGAGGUGGGCUUCAUCACCACCGCUAACGUUCUGAUCUCAAAGACCAUCAAGAAGGGUGAGAUAUUUGUUUUCCCAAAAGGGUUGGUGCAUUUUCAGAAGAAUAAUGGCAAGGUAUCCGCCGCCGUAAUCGCCGCCUUCAACAGCCAGCUUCCAGGAACUCAAGCUAUAGCAGCCACAUUAUUCGCUGCCACACCCCCGGUUCCAGACCACGUGUUAACCAAGGCCUUUCAAGUGGGAAAAAAGGAGAUUCGGAAAAUCAAGUGCCGGUUGGGUUCAAAUAAGUAAUUAAAGAGUGUAUUGGGCCAUUCAUUCACUUGAAUCUGUUUUUCAGUUCAUUUAUGGGAUUUGUCCUUCCUAAAUAUUUGAUUUUAUUCUAGAAGAGUAAAUUUAAUAAGACUCUGAAUUUUAUAU